AUGUUAAUUCUGACGCCUCGUUGGGAGUGUUUGGCUCUACUUUUGGGUGUUUCGCUUUGUUUGGCUAACGGCAAAGUCGUUCCCGAUAAGACGGAAGAUGCUGGCGACAAAGAAGUGCAAGUAUUUGGAGAUUUAGAAGUUGCGGAAAGCGGACAUCACAAGCAUCACGAAGAAAAGCACGGAGGUCACGAAGGAAAAUGGAGCAAAGGAGGAAAACAUCACGGUUCUCACGGAAAGGGGCAUAAACAUCACGAAGACGAUUGGGGACACUGGGGAAAAUUCGGAAAGCACGACAAACACGGUAAAGGCGAUCACCAUCACGACAAGUUUCAUAAAGAACACGAGGGUCACCACGAAGGCGGACACCAUCACGAAGGUAAGCACGGAUUCGAACAACAUCACGGACAUGGACACCACGGACAUAAGGUCGGGGAUCACCAUCACAAAGACAGGGGACACAAAAAGCACGGUUUUAAGAAUUAUUAUCACAAGGAAGAGCACGGAGAUCAUAAAUCGUACCACGACGAACACAACGAUGGCAAACAUCAUAAAAGUCAUAAGGAUCAUCACGAAGAACACAAACAUCACGGAGAAAAGCAUCACAAACAUCAUCACGGAAAAGGACACCACGACAAGAAAGAACACGGACAUCACCACCAUCAUCACGGAAAAGGCGGCCAUCAUAAACACCACGGAGAAGACCAUAAAGAAGGCGGAAAACAUCACAAAGAACAUCACGGCCACAAACACCACGGAGGACAACACCACCACGAAGAGCAUAAACAAGGUGGCCAUAAAAGUCAUCAUAGUCAUCAUCACGGUGGAGGAGGCGGCGGCGGCGGAGGACAUCAUCACGGAGGUGGUGGCGGCGGAGGUGGCCAUGGCCAUCACGGAGGAGGAGGUGGUGGAGGCGGACAUCACCACGGAGGUGGAGGUGGAGGUGGACACCAUUACGGUGGACAUCACGGAGGAGGUGGAGGCGGACACGAUUACGGUGGACAUCACCACGGAGGAGGAGGUGGAGGCGGACAUCACGGAGGAGGUGGUGGAGGCGGACACCAUUACGGUGGACAUCAUGGAGGAGGUGGUGGAGGCGGACACCAUUACGGUGGACAUCACGGAGGAGGUGGGGGAGGCGGACACGAUUACGGUGGACAUCACGGAGGAGGAGGUGGAGGCGGCCAUCACGGAGGGGGUGGUGGAGGCGGACAUCACCACGGAGGUGGAGGUGGAGGUGGACACCAUUACGGUGGACAUCACGGAGGAGGUGGGGGAGGCAAACAUGAUUACGGUGGACAUCACCACGGAGGCGGAGGUGGAGGCGAACAUCACGGAGGUGGUGGAGGCGGACACGAUUAUGGUGGACACCAUGGAGGCGGAGGUGGUGGAGGAGGACACCAUCACGGAGGCGGCGGACACCACCACGGAGGUGGAGGAGACGGUGGAUAUCAUCAUCACGAGAGCAAGCACGAGCACCAUUAUUACGACGGUAAAGGUCAUCAUCAUCAUCAUAGUAGCAGCGGACAUCACGGUUAG